UUGCGACCGGUGCUCCUCGGGGCAGGUGGCUGCAGAGUUGUGGAGGAGGUGACCAAAGCCACAUAAUGUCCGUAGUUCAUUCAUCCGUCCAUGCCAAAUGGCUCAUGGGGAAGGUGAUUGGGACAAAAAUGCAAAAGACUGCUAAAGUGAGAGUGACCAGGCUUGUUCUGGAUCCCUAUUUACUAAAGUAUUAUAAUAAGCGGAAAACCUACUUUGCUCACGAUGCCCUUCAGCAGUGCACAGUUGGAGAUAUUGUGCUUCUCAGAGCUUUACCUGUUCCACGAACAAAGCAUGUGAAACAUGAACUGGCCAAGAUCGUUUUCAAAGUUGGAAAAGUCAUAGAUCCAGUGACAGGAAAACCUUGUGCAGGAACUGCCUACCUGGAGAGUCCACUGAGUCCAGAAGCCACCCAGCUAACCAAAAAUCUGGAAGAACUCAGUAUCUCUUCAGCACAGUGACCGGGGGAGUGGAAGAAGGAGCUAAAGGGAAAGAUUGCCAUGCUUAUGUUACGGAAAAAGAAUGUUUUCUGUUUCAUC